AUGGAAUCGUCCCAUACCCAGCAUCACGAACCCUCUGGUGAACAGACGUCCUCGACUGCCACCGGCAAUGCUCAGCAAGCGUCUGAGUCAUCGAAUGGACUCGGCGUCUCCAUGUCUGGAACCCAACAUCAAUCCUCCUUGUCCGACAAUCAGCCUCGCGACCGAUACCAACCCACAGCAGGCCCACAGGCACAGCUGACCGCUGCCAUCUAUUCCACGAGUUCGACGACUAGACAAUGCUUCCGCCAGAGCUUUGCCGAGCGUCAAUCGAGCGCCGGCCACGUCGAGUCGUUCGAAGCCACCUUCCCACAUCCUGCAGGUGAGCGCUUGAUGUCCGACCCAAGGCAGGCUGCUCGAGAACUGGAAGAGUGCUGUUUGCUCUACCAAGCGAACGAGCCAGCAUCGGCCAGUCCUAUGGAGCGAUGGGUGGCUGCUUCACCGGAAGACGAACCCACAUAUGUGGACUGGAUCUCCUUCCUGAGAGCAUACCGACCGUACCACGGGUAUCAAACAGCUGUCGGAAGAGCGACAUCCAGACACCACCAUACACUGGCGCAGGAGACGAGUCCGGGUCACAACGGUUUGCUGGAGCCAGCAAACCAAUCGCGAAUCACGCACGGGGCCAGCAUUGAAAGGACUCCAGCCAGUAUGCCGCUGGAGACAACACGCGCCGUUGAGGAGCGCCAGCGUAAUAGCUGGCUGGACUUGGAUGAUUCUGCGUCUCCCGCGAUGUCGUCGUCUGGAAGUGGGGUUUCGACGCCAGAGCACAUAGAUCAGGAGUUGCAGCCGAGAGAUCCUGGAGAGAUGGUUAGGAUGAUUAUUGCGACGUUUGGGGCUGUUGGUUCUGCUGAUGGAUACGGUCGUGGCGAGUGA